UUCAAAGUUGACCAACCAGCCAACUAAAAAAAAAAUUAGCUUGAUUCUUAGCUUCAUCAUUAGAUUCAUCCCAAAUGCCUUCUCCCCUUUUUCUGGCCUCUUCUUUUCUUCUCAUACUAUGUAAUGAAGUGAUAUUAAUCACAACAUUGAAAUCAAUCAUGAGUACAGAAAAUAGCCAUUGAGCCUGCAAAGGCAAUACAAUACAUACAUACUGUACAACAAAUUGUGCAGUGUAUGUUGUGUAUGUACUAGGUAGAGAUUUGCUUGUCUAACCUAUAGACCGCCGAGUCUCUUGGCUCUUCCAGUCAGCCUCUUUACGGUAUCUACACAGCUCAACCCCACCGCACGAAGAUAUUCAAACUUGAGUUGCUUGCUUUCUUUGCCUUGCCUUUUUCCUGAUUCACCUCUUCAUUCUUCAUCCUUUCUACUGUUUCCAUCGUCCCAUCGUCACAAUAUGAGUAACUAUAUAUAAGAAAAAUCACCUGUUCCAUCACUUUACUUACCUAGGCACUACUAUAAAUGGCAUUUCUCUAUGGCGGAAAGGCAUCCCCAGACCAUUCUUGUUAAUAUCGCAACUGUUUCGUGAAGCUUACCUAGUACCCGGCAGAGGGUCAAGGUGCAUACCUACCUACACAUCCUUCCCUAAAAAAAAAAACUUUGAAAGCUUGGAAUUUACUCGACAAAUUCGAAUAAUCAUCAAGAGAAGAUUGCCAAAAUGCCGGAACCUCUUAGUGAGAUUGAUAUCGACAUCGAUACUGAGCGGAUUCGAGAAUGGCAAUCUAUUGUCACUCUCAUCGUCUUUGUUUUCACCAAUAUUGUUGUUCUCUUCCCUUUCCAUAUUCCGCUUCCAAUUCCUCGGGCUCUAUGGAGUGGCAUGUUGAACGCUCUCGUUGCCUUGCGAGUGAUACCUCCACCGCUUGACCGCUCCCAGGAUGAGUUCAAUGCUACCGACGGUCAAGGCAGCAUUCACGAUGGCAAAAGCAAAUUCUUUACAUGGAAAAAAUUCCCCAUGAACUUUAUCACGGCGCCUUUGAUAGCAGACCUCUUCUUGCUAGCUAUCCUAGCUAUUGGCCGAGACGAGGUGUAUGGUGGAACGAUAGGAUCGAACAACAUCUCUCCCAUCGACAUCAUGGCAUUCUUCAUCACGCUAGCAUAUAUCGCCAUCUCCAUCGAUGCCUCUGGUUUGAUUAGGUUCCUCGCAUUCAAGGUGCUCCAAAAAGGAGGGAAAUUUGGCCAUCGACUCUUUUUUUACCUCUACGCCUUCUUCUUCUGCUUGGGGUCCUUCAUUGGAAAUGAUCCAAUCAUUCUGUCUGGCACGGCCUUUCUCGCAUACAUGACGCGGGUUUCCAGCAACAUCAUACACCCCAGAGCGUGGAUAUUUGCUCAAUUCGCGGUAGCCAAUAUUGCUUCGGCCAUUCUUGUGUCCUCUAAUCCAACCAACCUGGUGCUCGCAGGCGCUUUCGACAUCAGAUUUAUUGAGUAUACAGCCAACAUGAUUGUGCCUGUCGUCAUUACAGCCAUCGUACUCUUCCCGUUCCUUCUUUACAUUGUAUUUGCAGAUGAGUCUCUAAUACCUCUCUCAAUUCAAAUGCAUGAACUUUCAGAGGAGGCGAAGGCUAGAAAGCCUGUAAAUCCAAACAUUCCCAACGCAAGAGGAAAUGCGGAGGAACAGGAGAAUGAUCCGACCAAUAGCGAGCAAAGCAAGCUACUAUCCCUAGAAGAAAUCAUGAACCCUUUCUUAGAUAAGGGGGGUGCAGGGUUUGGUGCUCUUGUCAUGGCCGCAACGCUCAUCACGCUACUCGCACUCAAUGCUGCUAGCCAAAGUACCGGUGAACAUCCCGUUUUCUACGUAACCCUGCCAGCUGCGGUUGUUAUGUUCUGCUGGGACAUCGCAUUCGGGUGGAUACAUCGCGACGAGACGCGCAAGGUCGCUCGCGACGGUCGACGGGAAGUUGAAAGAGCUCGGCAAGAACGGGCUGAGCAGCUGGCUAAAGAGGCGGAAGAACUAGAGCGAACGACUUCAAGCCUAGUUCAAGCGGAAGAGGACCGUCGUGAUAUAGCUACAACUCGGACUGAUGCGACACAGAUGGAUAUGAAGUCCCACGACCAAAGUAACAACAGUGGUGUUGGAAAUGCUCAUCGUGGCCUGUUCGACGGAAAUACAGAGGACAACACUACGCCCGGUUCCGAUAGAAUGAGCACAAGGUCAGUGGACGGUGAUGAAGCCCGCGAUAUACGGCCUUCCACAAGCGCGAAGAGCACCCUCCACGAGAAGCAGGGCAUUAUACCUGUAGGCCCACACCAGCUCUCGGGGGGAGUGUUACAAGGCGUAGCGGUGAACAGAGAUCCAGCAGAGAAAAGUCAAAUGACAUGCGAACGAGACACGGAUCCUGAAAAGCAGCAUCCUUACGACGUGGCGGCGGAUGCGAAACGUGGAGAGGCGACACUAGUGUCCCUAGUCGCAGACACUUACCGGUGGUCUCAGGAGACAUUCCCAACGGCAACUGCAGUGCUCAACCAUUUGCCUUUUGCUCUUGUUCCCUUUGCCUUUUCUAUGUUCAUCUUGGUACAGGCUUUGGUGACGAAGGGUUGGGUGCCCGUGUUUGCCUACGGCUGGGAUCACUGGGUGACUAAGACGGGGACAGUUGGCAGUGUUGGAGGCAUGGGAUUUCUUUCUGUCAUCCUCUGUAAUUUCGCAGGCACCAACAUCGGCACUACGAUUCUUCUCUCGCGUGUGAUACAAGCGUGGCAGAAGAUUCACCAGCUCCCUAAUGCCCCGCCGAUCUCCAACCGGACUUUUUGGGCCACAGUUUACAGCAUGGCGAUCGGUGUCAACUAUGGCGCAUUCAGCACAGCCUUUAGCGCAUCUCUGGCUGGACUGCUGUGGCGAGACAUCCUCGCUCGAAAGCACAUCCGUGUCCGAAGACUCGACUUCGCCCGCGUCAAUCUUCCUAUCAUCGCCAUCGCCAUGGUUGUCGGCUGCACCAUUCUAAUUGGCGAGGUCUACAUCAUGAGGGACGAGCUGCCUUAUGAUAGAUAAUGGUAAUGGCCAUAUCAGUGGCGUUUUCUUUCCCGGUAGCAUGACGAUACACAAUAGAGAAUUUUUGGCACGAUUAACGAGAUAUCCCGGCAUACUUAUUAUACCUACCUCUACCUUGGGUUCCUAGGUAGUUAGACUUUUUUUCUUACGAUUAAUGAUGUUUUAUGAAAAGUUUCGUCUGUGUCUGUGUCUGUGUCUGUCAUUCGACACGAUACGUCUUGUACAUACAUACCUAUAUAUGCAUCGAUGCGGGUGAUGGUCAUGCAAUCUGACUCUGACUCCGUCUCCCGUUUUGCCA